GCUGUCGGAAGCUCUUCCAACAUCACUCACCAUGGGCCGAGCUAUACUAGUUCACGAUGCUUCGAUGUUUAUGUUACUCUACUUGUGCUUCUCGUCUCUGACUCCAGCGCAGUCACCACUCCCAAGCCGACGCCAGCGCCAGCGGAAGCAGUCGGCCGUGGCGACGGGGGCGGGGCGGUGGCGGAGGGGCUGGCCGGGGAGGUGCCGGAGCAGUGGUCGCUGCUGCCGCUGCACGCGGCGACGAUCGCGGCGCGCGCAGGUGGCGGCGGCGCUGCUGGCGGCCGGCACGGCGCCCGUGGACGCGCGCGACAGCGACCAGCGCACCGCCUGCACGUGGCCGCCGAGCGCGGCGCCGCCGCCGUCGCCGCUGUGCUGCUCGCCGCAGCGCGCCGACCCAGAG